GCCUUCACCAUAGUAGGAUUGACACAUUCGUGGGCGGGCUUUAACGUUACCUGAAUAGUCUGCUGAACAGUAUCUUAGGUGAUUUCUAAACUAUAUCAAAACAGACUCACUAUAUUAGAAGAAAUGGAGGACACAAAGCCUGAGGAGACGAAUGUGGAGGAGCAGAAAGAUGAGGAGAAUAAGAUCUGUCCAGAGAAACUGGAGGAAGCCAAACUGAAGGCCAAAUACCCUCAAUUGGGUAAUAAGCCUGGAGGAUCCGAUCUGCUCAGAAAAAGACUGCAGAAGGGGCCAAAGUACUUUGACUCAGGUGACUACAACAUGGCGAAGGCCAAGAUCAAGAACAAGCAGCUUCCAGCGGCACAGACAGAGAAGACCGAGAUCACCGGAGACCACAUCCCCACCCCUCAGGAUCUGCCACAGAGGAAACCCUCUCUGUUGGCCAGCAAACUGGCUGUCUGAUACCUGCUGCUGUCCUCCACUCCACACUCACAAAUCAUGUCUCUUCAUCCAUUAAUGUCUGAUCCUGCCCUCAUCCUCUCUUGUUUCCUGUCCUCUGAAAAUACACUGAAUAGUCAAGGGUUGCAGAUGUUACAGAGCUGCACUGCCGCACUGUGAGGUGGGUUGGGUCGUGGCUCCAAAGAGGGUGAAGUUCUCAGAAGACUUCUGGUAUUUUUAAUGUGUCGUAGUAUGUAGUUGAAAGAGUACAUAUUUGCUAGUGAGUGAGGGCAAACUGCAUUUUAUAAGAUGUUUUGCAUUUUAAUUAUAACCAUUCCUGAAUUACCCACUGCUUCGAGGACAAGGUCACCCAAAAAUGAAGAUUCUGUCAAUUGCUUUAUUUCCUCCAGUGAACGCAAAAGGAAAUGUUUAGUGGAAUGUCAAAGUUGCUCUUUUUCAAAGGAAGUCUAUAAAGGGAAAGGGUUGUAGAUAUCCGGGAAUUACAAAACACUGUACUGGAAGUAGUCCACACACCUUGUUCCAACCAUGGAGGUCACUGAGAUACAGACCUCUGCAUUUUUUCUAGGUGUUUUAUAAUAGUUGUUCAAUAAUUACCUAAUAAUAACUGUACUUUGUUUGUUAUAAGGAUGUUGUACAAUGCCAAGAUAAUGGACUUACUUAUCUGAGCUGAAAAGCGCUCAUCAGUAUCAAAAUUACUUAAGAGUUCCAAUCAAAUCAGAGAAGGCUUUUACUGUUACUGUUUACAGAAGCCAAAUGUGAAUUCCAACAUGGAGCUUCAGUUGUAACAGACAAAAAGUCAGGUGUAACUAGGUCAACAGUUGAUAUUUUCAUGCUGUUAUCUUGUGUCUUCUGAAGCCAUACAUACAUAUUAACUUUGUGUUUGGGAAUGAAAUUUACAAUUUUUCCCCUCCAUAGUUUUCAUAUCAAAUAAGUGCUUGCUUUCGAUCGAAAACAUUCAAAUGACGCAUUACAAUUGAUCACAAGAAAUUGCUCAACCAAUGGCUAUUUAAUGCUGAUGCAAAAUCACUAUACAAAAGAAUGUUUGAAUCUGUAUGAGCGUAAAUAAUAAAAUGUUUUAGCAAAUUACAGCUUAAGUUAUUACAUUGCUUCAGAAGACCUAAUAUAAGAUCCAAAGAAAGACACGUGCAGUUGGAAUGACAUAAGAGUAAAGAGGAAAUUGUGCUAGAAUAUUUUUUUCGGGGUGAGCUUUUCCAUUAAUCAUGGAGUUAAGUGCUUGAAUCCAUAAUGAACUGAAGGUAAUCUCCAAUAAUGUGGUUUAUCUGCACACUGUUUCUUUCAUGAGAAUGCUUUUUUUCUUUUUGUCAGGUUUCAGGUUAGUCAUGGUUGAUAGCAUGUAAUGCAGAUCUCUGAGGCUGCUGUCACCUUGUCUCGUACCAUAGAGCUUAAAGCCUUAUGAUGAUGUAGUGCCAAUGCACAGAUUGGCAAUCACAAGCAGUUCUGUAACUCCACACGUCACUAUCAUACGUCACUUGUGUCUGGUUGUGGAGUCCAGGCAGUGAGGAUGCUUCUCCACCUUCUCUCACCAAUCUCCUGUACAUCGUCUUCUAUGCAGAGGAGGGAGACAGCUGCCUGUCCGCUCCUCACACCACAUGGUCACACUACGUACAGUAAACUCCACGGUUUGCAUGAGCAUAAACUGUGGCCGCUUUUGAGCCAUUUUGACUUGUAAAUAAAAUAGUUUUGCAAA